AUGGCAGGAGUAGCGGCGGCCGUUUUCGCUACGCCGGAACUGCUGGAGAACAUCCUGCUGCAGAUGGCGUCGACUGGCACGGUGACUUCUGCUACCCUAGCACAGGAUAUGAGCACGCUGAUCCACUACCAGCGUGUCAACAAAACGUUCAAAGCUACAAUCGAUAGGUCGUGGCCAUUGCAGACGCUCCUGUUUCGCCGCCAGAAACGCCUCGCAAACGACCAGCUGCCACUCUUCUUAUCUCUCUGCCGCAGAAUCGAGCUCGAAGACAACGAGAACAUCAAUCAGCUUCUGCUGGAUCGCGCAGUGAUGAUCGACCUGUGGGGAAGCACGAUCACACUACUUUCGUCAUUCGACUCACCCUACGAGCCUACCAUCCUGCUAUGCUCCAAUCGAGCACAGCCCAUCGGCAAGGCGAAGGCGAUCCCCGUCACGGGUAGCUGGAGAGGGAUGAUGCUCGCGCAGCCGCCAUUCCCCCUUUUCAUCAGGUGGGAGAACAUCGGUUGCACGUCUCGAUGUAAGUUCAUUCUCGGUAAUCUCGAGUACAAGGCAGGUGUGACGCUGGGUGAGGUCGUGGAUCAUUGUUUGAAGUCCGAGCGGCAGGAUGACAAUGGUCGCAAUGAGCCAGACGAACGUGGAGAUAUUCCAAACAUGUGA